GAGAGCGCGCGCGAGAGAGAGCGAGCGAGGAUGGCGCCAUCCCGUUAACUGGGAAGUCGGCGGCGACAGAGCGGCUCCCCCGGUGCUCCUACCGCGCUGUGCGUGCUGGACGUCCCGCCUCCGGAGCGAUGGGCUGCGGGUUACGCAAGCUGGAGGACCCGGAGGACAGCAGCCCCGGGAAGAUUUACUCCACGCUGAAGAGACCGCAAGUGGAGACUAAGACAGACACCGUGUAUGAGUACGUGCUGCUGGACUUCAGUCUGGAAGGUAGCCGUCCUACAGUGCAGUAUGUGUCGUCUCUGUGUGAGCUGCCCCAGGCCCUGCAGCCUUACUACACUCAGGGCUAUGUCCUGACCGCUUUGCACCCCAUCAUUCUGUCGGUGGGGCGCAGCCGCUCCCUGCCCUUCAGCCUGCUCUACCGUGCCAUCUUGGCGCGCCCCCGGCCUAGUAAGCAGGCGGUGUCCAUGUGUCACAGCGUGCCGAUGCUGAGGGUGGAGGAGUGGCCGCUCCCUGGAGAGUCCCUAACCGGUGACACAGUCCGAGCGCUUAUCGACAGGGUGAACAGCAGUGCCCGCGGCGGAGUCAGGUUCAUUGGCUCAGUCCUCCAGCAGGUGAGCGGAGUCGGCAAUGGCAGGGUGCACAGUCCAAAGAGGGGCUGUCGCUCGCCCUCACACACCCCUCCCCGCACCCCGCCCGCAGAACGAGAGCUCGAGGAGAACAUCCAUAGUCCCGACCUGAGGUUGCUGGUGUUCUUCCACUCGUGGGCCCCAGGCUGCGCUCCCCUGGACUCGCUUGGCUGUCAGUACCACCAAGGGGCACUCUCCAUGCGGGUGUCCAGGAAGGGCCAGGUGGUCAGCGCUUUGGAAGCAGACUGGCUGGAGCUGACGGCCGCCUACUACCGCAAGGGCUGGUCGCUGGUUGACUCCUUCGUCUACUGGGACACGCCCAAAGGUGAACCAGUCCCCAGGUCACUGGAGGGGUUGUUCGUGUAUGAGGAGAGGAGCACCUCCCCGCCUGCCAAUGACACCAUCGUGGUAGAACAGUGGACGGUCAUCGAGGGAUCCAAUGUGAAAACGGACUAUGGACCCCUCCUUCAUACCCUGGCCGAGUUUGGAUGGAUGCUUACAUGUGUGCUUCCCACACCCAUCAUACGACAUGACAGUGAUGGGAACCUUGCCACCAAGCAGGUGGUCUUCCUCCAGAGGCCGGUCAGAAACCAGGCAGCAGGGCAACAGAAGAACCAGGCAAUGUCUGCAAAGAGCGACGUGUCCAGUCGCUCCGUGAGCCGCGGAGUGACCAGCCAUGCAUCUCCCGAGGAGCUAUCCCCUUCUUCCACGGGAGGCAUCGGGGGCUUCCCAGUGUUUGGAGGGGGGUACCCCAGUGCUUUGUCCCACCUGGAGGAAGGUGGCUUUGAACAGGAAGAAGGGAAGGCCGAGGUCACCUGUAUGUAAGCAGGAAGAAAGGAAGGCAGACAGACGGACAUAGCACCCCACCAAUAUCUUGAUUCUCCCCUCACUCAUGGCAGGAGGUCUGCAGAUUUAAAGUUGGGGGGGGGUUGCUGGAGAGAUUAUACUCGAGGAGUGGUGGAAACUUGGGUGUGAGGAUGGAUACUGCUGUGCACCCUUCUGUCUCCCCCUGUUGUUUUAUAACCAGAAGACUUUCAUCUGCCUGGUAGAUCGUAGUGAAGCAGUGCAAAGAUGCUGUUAAAAUAACCUUUAAUUCCCUUUCACCUUCGCAAGCACCUCCCACCCCCACCC